GGAGAACUGUAAGACGAAGCCGACGAUACCCGAAUGUUUCUCUCGGCUCCACUAAAUAUAUCACUCAUAUUUAUUAUUAUUAUUGUAUCAUAUAUCACAUAAAAUUAGCGGGAAAAAAGUAUCGCAAACUAAAAAACAGUUUUAAUAAAAAGUAGUGUAAAAAAAUAAUAAUUAUAAUCAAGGCAAUAAAUCGAUACUCGAAAAAUAAAAAUCCUAGAUCAUCAAUCAACAUGUCAAACAUCAGAGACUGGACAGCAGAGUACUAUGUGCAGAGUAAAGAGUUAUGUGACUCUAUCCUGGAAUCAAAUGAUGAUGUCCUUCGAGAAAUUCCUUCUCUGAACUACUUACCAGUCCACAGUCUCCAAGAUGGUCAGCUGGUGCGUUUCUCCGGCAUGAUCCAGGACAUGUAUAACCCGGAGUUGUAUUUCGAGAGCUACCAGGUCAAAAAUCUGGACACCGGUACCACCAGCAUGAGGUCCGGGAUGUACAGAGACACUGUCAAGUGCCUAGCCAACGAGGAUGUAGAUUUGCAUUCCAGUAAAAAUACGAGCUCAGAACGUCAGACCUGCGUAAUGAUAUCGAUUCCUGGUCUGAACGAUUGGGCGAGAAAGUCGGGACCUAAAUUAGAACCAACUGGAGACGGUUCCUUGCCAGCUAAAGCUGCUCCCGUCUCGUCAACGAACAAACGAGCCCUAGAUGACGGAGUUGGUAGAGGCGAGGACGAGCCGAUGGAUACAACGGAGCCUGUUUUGAAAAAAGAAAAGCCAUCAGAGCCUUCAGGACCAGUAGCAGGUACCAGUGAUGCUGCUGAUGAACUCCGGCCCAAGGUAAUUGUUUCCAAGGAUCAUUUGCUUAAUUUUCCGGUUCCGAUAGUCGAUGGCAAAGCAUGUAUUGUCAAAUUCUACAAUGAUAAUCCUUACAAACUCAAUCAAGUCUUGGAUAUAAUUGGAUUCGUGUCCUUGGAUCCUAUGCUAAGUGCAUUGACAGUCGAUGAGUCGAUGGAUGAGGUAGAAGUCGCUGAGGCUCAGACCCACAAUCCACCAGCGUCAAUGAUUCCACGUCUCCAUGCUGUAAAAAUAAGCAAAGUAGUCCCCAAAAUACCAAAUGGUCCAUCAAUAAUAUCAAAAGCCAGCCUCAUAAGGAGUGAUUUGCAUCUGGUGCUCAAUCAGCUUCUAUUUGGAGACAAUCUGGCAGCUGAUUACGUUAUUUGUCACUUGAUAUCACGAAUUUACACCCGCAAAGACUAUCUGUGCUUAGGAAACUUUCCCCUGAACAUCACUGGGUUCUCUGUCGAUAAGUUCAAUAAUUUUACCAGGGAUUUUUACGACAUCUUGAGCUCAUUCGUCAGCAAAACUCAUUUGUUCGAAUGCACACUCGAUAAUUUGAAUAGUUUAAGUUUAGUGCCGCGCAAAGACUACGAUUGUAAUAGACUGACCAGUGGAAUUUUGCAGCUGAGUGACAACACUCAUUUGAUAAUCGAUGAGACGAAAUUAAUUGCCGGUAAAAUUUCGCCGAGCGGCAAACAAAAUUACCAGGCGAUAACUGAUUUAAUUAAAUUCCAAAAAAUAAGUUAUGACUUUAAAUACUACACCAUGGAGUACGAAACAGACAUCCCGGUGUUGAUACUGUCGGAGGCUAAGUCUUUCGUUCCUUGUGUGAUGCAAGUGCCGAUAAAAGUUGACGAGGAAACCGAGAAAACUUAUCCCCAAGUGGUUCAAGCGGCGAAAAUGUUUCUCAAAGACGAGCAGAGGCUGGCUAAUUUCCGAGGGUAUCUAGAGCUGAUGCGCGGAAAAGAGUUCAAGCUGGGAGAUGACAUUACUGAUGUAAUCCAGCAGGACUUUGUCGCUCUGAGACGCACUGACAGCAAGCUGGUCAACGCCGACAGCUUGCAUGGGCUCAUAGUCUUCGCCAGGUUGAUGUCUCUCAGUUACGGCGAAGACUCUCUGUCGUUUGACCGGUGGAAGCAGACCUUUGAAAUCGAGAACGAGAGACUUGGCCGUCUCUCCCAACGGAAAUAGCUGUGUAAAUUGUGCUUUAGGGUUACGAAAAUUGUUCUUGUCUUUGAUCAUUCAAAUAAAUUUAAUUUUU